ACAAGAAUGUGUAUGAGAUAUAUAGCCUACUGGGGAGGAAAAAAUCACAUAGUAUUUAUUGGUGACUCAAGAUUGCGGCACAUUUACUACAAACUUGUUGACACUGUCAGGACGAAGGAAGAGAAAGAAGAUGAGUCUGCACAUAAAGACCUUCAUUUCUCAGAUCCUGAUCUCAGAUGGAAUUUGGAUUUUUUAUGGCAUCCUAUGGUGAACAGUUCUAUGUAUGAAGUCUUUGAAAAAUGGUUACAUGAAGAACCAAAGAAACGACCUAAAGUAAUAAUAGUGGGUAGUGGUACAUGGAGCAUCAAAGUUUUUAAUGGAAGUAUGGAAGCUGUAGAGAACUACCGUACAAACAUGACAAGAUUAAUGCCUUAUCUUGACCAGAUUGGAAAGAGGAGCAAGGUACUGUGGAUGUUGCAAGAACCUGUCAAUGAAGAUAAGCUGAGUCCGAACCGUAAGAUGAUCACUAAUGACCAGAUUGAGUUGUAUAACAGUAUUGCCACUGAAGUCUUACAAUACAGUAAUGUUCAAAUGUGGAGUUCUGCAAGAAUGAUAUCUCUUGGAGUAAUUAAUGAAAUGGAAGAUGGUCUACAUGCUGGAAAUGUUGCUCUUAAUUAUGAUGUUCAAAUUUUAUUAAACAUGUACUGUAAUGAUCAUAUGAACUACAAUGAUGGGACCUGUUGCAGUAGUCCUGAGUCAGUGACCACACUUCAGAUCAUCACCUUUUCAGCAUUUGGUGUCUGUGUGAUUCUAGCCAUAGCUAUGGUGCUUCAUAGAAAGUGUAAAGCAAGACAAAUUCAGAAGCUUGGUAUGCUGGAUGGAACUUCAACACGUAAAUCACAGGAUCCCAACCAGAAUUCUUAUUAUGAACUAGUCACAUCUCUUGCCAGACUUGGACUCAUUAUGGCAUAUUUUUAUCUUUGUGAUAGAACAAACUUUCAUUGUUUUGAAGUUGUCAUGAAAAGAUACAUCCAAAACCCCCCUCUUUGGGA